AUGCGUCCUGCCGCGAUGUUGAUGCAGCUGGCUCUGACCGUCUCGUCAGUUGCCCCGGUGGUUUCUGCAUGGCCCAACUGGCUUCCCGAGCGCGAGGCCCUCAUUGUUCGCGCUGAUAGCAGUGACUCUGACACCGCCACUCCCUCCCCAUCAGCAACCGGAUCUGCAACCGAUGCCAAGGAGACAGGAAAGACGACGGGCAACCUUAACACGGCCUCGGCCACUGGAUCCAAGACCGCGUCUGGUAGUGGUAGCAAGAGCAAGAGUUCAUCGACGCCGACUCACACCACAUUUGCCCAGGAUGCGCCCGUGGGUGGCGUCAGCAUGAUUGUGCCGGCCAACACAGCUCUCGGCACCGCUUUGUACAGAAUUAGCGACUACAUCACCUUUAGCUGGAACUACACGUCCCUGCAAGGCACCCCUACGGCUGUCGAUGUUCUUGCGAGUUGCUCUACUGCCCGUGCCACCUGGACCUUGACGGGCAACAUGACUUUCGCGACUUCUGCCGAAUUGGUCUGGGAUACCAAGCCGCCGGCCAAUGACCCGAAGCAGCCUCUCCUCACCGCGGAGUACUCACUCAUCAUCAAAGAUUCCGAUAGAUCCCUUGAUGAUCGCCCCGAGCCCGGCUACUUGGGCGCCGAUUCCGCCCUCGGCUUCGGCCUGUAUGCCGGCAAGCCCUACCAGAACUUGAGCACGUGGACUUGCCCUGGCUGCCGUGCCAGCUCUGCCUCCCGGUCCAUUGAUGAUCAGGCGCUCAAGUUUGCCGCCACCAUGAGUGUUGCCACGGUCCUCGGCUUUACCUGGUUUGUUACCGGCCUGGGCAUCAACUGA